AUGGUAAAGAUAGAGUUUAUAUUUGAGACAAAGAAAAAGAGAAAUGAAGUAAAAGGAUUUUAUGAGUCACUGGGUCUUGUAUCUGCAGUGCAAAAGAAUAUGCUUAGGAUUAAGGGCACAGAAGAAAUAAGCAUAGUCUCAGCAGCACAGUCAAAAAUAUCCCUUAGAGCAAAGAAUCACAGGGAAAUUCUUGAAACACAUAAGGACCUAUUAAGGGACUUAGAGACAGUUCAAUUGGAAGAUGACGUAGAAAUAUCUCAUGCCUGCAGGGAGCAUCAUAUUCCCUUUAGGAUUAAACUAUCAGAUCCAUUAGGUAAUGAUGUCUGCAUAUCACCUGCUCUAUCCCCAAAGACACUCGGGAUAUUAACAAGUGGUGGAGAUGCACCUGGUAUGAAUUCUGCAAUUUGGGCGAUAAUUAAGGCAGCCAGAAGAAAUGGAGCAAAAACACUUGGGAUAAUGAAUGGGUAUGAAGGCCUUGUGAAUGAUGAGAUUAUGGAGAUAACGGAAUAUGAAGCAUAUUCGCAUAUGCAGAAAGGAGGAACCUUCUUGAAAUCUGCCAGAUCAAAGAGAUUUCAAACGGAAGAAGGCUUAAAAAUGGCAGUUACAACAAUAAGAAGGCAUAAUAUUGAUUCUAUAGUGAUAAUUGGAGGAGAUGGGACAAUGAAAGGGGCAGGUGCCAUCUCUAAGGCAUGCCCAGAUCUCUCUGUUGUCUUUGUCCCAGGGUCAAUUGAUAAUGAUAUCCCAGGGACAGAGUCAAUUGGUGCUGCAACUGCACUCCACAGGAUAAUUGAAGCAAUUGACUGCAUUGAAUCCACAAUGGUAUCUCACAGAAGGGGAUUUGUCUUGGAGGUAAUGGGCAGAGACUGCGGCUGGCUGGCACUCUCUGGUGCAUUUGCAACAGAUGCAGCUUAUGUCUUCCUGCCAGAAUAUCCACAAGAAGACAACUGGAAGGCAGACCUACAGAUAAGUGUAUCUGGGAAGAAGAAAGCCUGUACUUACGUUAUACUAGCAGAAGGAGCAAAACACAAAGACGGCAGAAAAGUCACAGCAGAUGAGAUAUGCACAGUCUUAGAGGAGAUGCAAAUAGAGACAAGAGCAAUAGUACUAGGACAUACGCAAAGAGGAGGGUCACCUUGUGCUACAGACAGACUAAUAGCCCCAUCCUUAGGCGUAGCAGCAGCAGAAGUAGCACUAAGCAGGCCAGGUGCAUACGCUGUAUACACAGGAGACACAGAGAAAGUACUUGAGUUAAAUAUGUGCAUAGAUAUGUGUGAUAAAGCAGCUUCUUUAUUAAAGAACCCAAAGGGUGUCAGUAAAGUAAGAGGCAAAGACUUCACAGAUAUGUAUGAAUCUUUCAUUUCCGCCAGGAAAUUCACUCAAGAAGCAAAAAAAGACAAAAAUCAAAAAGAUAAAGAAAUAUAUGGAGCAGCCAUUGUAGGAACAGUAGGGGCAGGUGCAGGUACAGUACUUAAUAAGAUGAUGGAAUAUGGAAUAGUAAAUGGUAAGAAAAUAAUUGAUAUAAGCAAACUAGGGUACUUCACAAAGAGAACAGUAAAAAUGAAAAAAUCAGAACUAGAAGUAGAUCUACAAAGACUAAAGGAAUUCUUAUCAGAGAGAAAGGUAUCUACACUUGUAUUAAUAGGUGGAUUAGAUGCCCUAUCAGAAGCAAAAAGACUGAAUAAUAUAUGUGAUAAUAUCUAUGUAAUCCCAUGCACUGUCAGUAAUAAUGUCCCAGGUACUACUGUAAGCAUAGGAGCAGAUACAGCAUUAGACACAAUUACAGCACUAUGUGAUAAUUUGAAGAUAAGUAUGACUAAGAAUAUAGCAUAUUUAGUAGAAGUCCAUGGGAGUGCAUGUGGUUACUUAAGUGUUUCAUCUGCCUUAGCCGUAGGUGCCUUAGAUUGUUACUACCCAGAAGAGACAGGCGUACUCUCCAGACUAACAAGAUCAUUAAAGGCCUUGGGAAGUGUCUUCAAGAAGACAUCCAUCCCGCAAUUAAUAAUCAGAGGGAAUGGAGCCAUGAAAGGUGUCUGCAAUGACACAGCAGCCAGAAUAUUAGAGGUAGAUGGACCUGGAUCAUAUGCAGUAAGACAGUGUACCCUGGGACAUGUUCAGAAGGGAAAUAUGCCCACUGCAGUAGACAGGCUUAGGGCUGCCAGGACUGCCUUAUUUCUGUUCAGUGCACCCCCAGGGAAAAGUGUCAUUGGAAUUAACAGAUGGUCACCCACUGUCACAAGCACAGAGGCAGCCAUCCUAGAAGUGAAUGAAGAAAAGAGACGGGUUAAAAGGGCAGAGUGGCUGGAAUUAGCAAGAACCUACAGGGUCUUAAAUUAG